AUGGUGCAGCACGAAACACGUGGGGGAUUGCACCUCCUCUUCCACCCAAGUCCACUCGAUGCAUGGAUCGGGCGCAACAUACAGCGCAACGAUCAGACCGGGGAGCUCUACGACGAGAAGGGGAAGCUGCUGGGGGAGAGCGACCGGGAGGCCUAUGCCAGCUAUAGGGGGAGACUUUCUCAACGCCGAGCCCUAGGAGCAGCUGCAGACAAGUUGGUGAAAAUCACGGAUGAGUUCAUGCCCCGCAUCACCAACGAGACGCGUGCCUUCAUAAUGCGCUUUCCUCACCGCAUCCCAAAACUCCUGAAGGAUGCCCGCAAGGUGAAGAAGAAGAAGCAAGCACAGAGGGGGACAGGAGCAGCACACCGCCGAGCCACGAAAGGGGACCCACAACGCGAGCCAGACGAGGUGACCGUGCCGACCACAGCCAAGCCGACCGAGACAGCCAGCAGCUCGAGGGGGAAGGCAGACGGGGAGGCACCAGACGACGACGACCAUGGUGCAGCCACGGGGGGGCACAACGAGGUGGACUACCACGACUACCAGGACGUUGACCCACAAUGGCCGUGGGGAGCACAUGGCAGAACAUUGUUGACCGCAGGAAACCCGCAGAACCAGAAGGAGAGCCCAGAACGACAACGGGGGGGGAGACCGACAGCGAACCUGCUGCCGAGUAUAGGCUGGCAAGUGAGGGAGGUGCAGGAGCACAUGGUUGAGAUCCUGCCAGCGCUGGAAGACUACCUGACAGACUGUGGCAAAACGAACCUGGCUCAAGUUGAGCAGUUCCUGGAAUAUCUGGGCGGUAUUGAAGACCAGGUCUUCAAGAACCGCUUGGAAAGGGAGGCGAAGAUGAGAGCUGAAAGGCAAGAAGAGCGCAGCAAGGAGACCAAGGAGGAGGAUAUUGGUGGCUCAGCAGGAGGUCAGAUGGGUGCAGAUUUGGCUGGUGAAGGCAGCACUGGCACUGCCGACUUCAUGCCGAAAGAGGAGGCCUCGGACACCAGUGCCUUCCACGCGCAGCUGUUGGCCCAGAGCUUCUCCAUGGAUUUCGAGAACUUGGAGACGCCAGAGCCACCGGCAAAGCGACAGCGCCAGGAGCCCACUCUCGAUCCACCGAAGCCGAAGGAGAACAAGGCCAAAUCGGGCAAGAUCGUCGACCGUGAGUUCCACCAGGCUCUCCGAGAUCGCCUGAACAACAGGCAAGAUUUGGGCGAGGCCAUGCCUGACACAGUCCGCCUUGGAGAGGGACCGCACUGGAAGCAGCGCUACUAUUUCGAAAAGUUCAAAGUGAAACAGGAUGACCUUGUCGAUUUCCUGCAGAGAAUACGAAAAGCCUACGUCGAGGGCUUGUGCUGGGUCCUUGUCUACUACUACCAGGGCUGCCCGUCCUGGACCUGGUUCUAUCCUUAUCACUAUGCGCCAUUUGCCUCUGACCUGAUUGGGUGCGGCAACCUCAAGUGCGGGGAGCUGACCUACUUCCAGUCUGGGCAGCCCUUCCAGCCGUUCCAGCAACUGAUGAGUGUCCUCCCGCCAGUCAGCGCCGAAGAGGCCGGCAUCCCAGGCCCAAUGCGCGAACUCAUGAAGCAGGCCUUCUCUCCGCUAAUCGAUUUCUAUCCAGUGGACUUCGGCUUGGAUCUGAAUGGCAAGCGCUUUACAUGGCAGGCCGUGGUUCUCUUGCCAUUCAUAGAUGAGCCUCGACUGCUGCGGGUGUUGGGGCCGCUUCUGGCGAAGCUGAAGCCCCACGAGAAGAUCAGAAAUCGACGGGGCAACGAGCUUGUCUUCGGGCACAAGCAGGACAAGGCCUUGUUCCAUGCGGUGCAGCUGGCACAAGCAGCCUUCGAAGCCGGCCAUGCUGGCCUGAAGCAGACUGUGCGCGACAGAUACCUCUUCGGGGCCUUGGAGGGCUGGCAAGGAGGAGGUGCCAACAGAGAGGUGACGUCCCCCAUCGAGGGUCUCCCUGACGUGGAGGAGUCGCACUGUAUCUCGGCACAGUUCACAGACCCGGAAGGGGUGCCCCACCAGUCCAAGCUGUUGCCCGGCAUCGCCGAGCAGCCAGUGGUGGUCAACGCUGCAGACAUGGACGAAGGAUCUCGCCUGAAGGGCUUCGGUGGAGAACCGGCACGCAAGCUGAUCAUGCAAGCCCUCGGCAAGGACGGCAGAAGAAAGCGUUACCAAGAAGCCAUGUGA